AGAGAGAGAGAGAGAGAGAGAGAGAGAGAGCAAAAACAUGUCGUUUGGGGUGGAGUUAACGUCGUCUCCGGAGGGUCAUGAGGAUGCCAACAACGAACGGCUGGAUUUGAUUGAUCCAACGGCUCCCAACUGGUCACUUCCCAGCGAGACUUUUCUCAGAGCAGCUGCGUCUCUCAAGGACCAGGUGGUGCAGGCCACGUGGGAAGGAGGAGAGGAUUCGGGUUCGGAUUCGGGUCUGCGGACGGGUAUGGUGUUGGAUCCGACAGUGUAUACGGGUUUGCUUGGUACGGCUUUUACGUGUUUGAGGUCUUACGAGGCAACCGGUAACCGGCAGGACUUGGUGCUGUCCGCAGAGGUUGUCGACAAGUGCGCGACCGUCGAACGUGCGUCCACAAGGCACGUGACGUUUUUAUGUGGUAGAGGAGGAGUUUACGCCAUUGGAGCUGUAGUGGCCAAUUUGAUUGGCGACCAUCAAAGGCGUGACUUGUAUUUGAACCUUUACCUUGAGGUAGCACAAGAGAAGGCCCUCUCAGUUGGACCAGAGGAAGGUGGUUUUGGAAUGUCAUAUGAUCUUCUAUAUGGGAGAGCUGGUUUUUUAUGGGCAGCUUUGUUCAUAAACAAGUAUCUUGGACAAGAGAAGGUGCCAAGUGAUCUUCUAAUGCCUGUGGUGGAUGCUGUGUUGGCUGGAGGUAGGGCAGGUGCAUCUGAUAACCCUUCCUGCCCACUCAUGUACAGGUGGCAUGGGACAAGGUAUUUAGGGGCAGCCAAUGGCCUGGCUGGAAUUUUGCACGUCCUACUUCACUUCCCCCUUUCUAAAGAGGAUGCAGAGGAUGUGAAGGCAACUCUCAGAUAUAUGAUGGCUACUAGGUUCCCUCAUAGUGGAAACUACCCUUCAAGUGAAGGGAACCCCAGAGACAAGUUUGUGUAUUGGUCUCAUGGUGCAGCUGGCAUGGCCAUAACCCUGUGCAAGGCAUCACAGGUGUUUCCAGGAGACAGGGAAUUUCGCGAUGCUGCGAUAGAAGCAGGAGAAGUUGUGUGGAAGAAUGGCUUGCUGAAGAAGGUAGGACUUGUGGCUGGGAAUGCCUAUGCCUUCCUUUCUCUCUACCGUCUGACCAGAGAAACCAUAUAUGAAGGGAGAGCAAAGGCAUUCGCAAGCUUCUUGUAUCACAAUGGUAGAGAACUUGUGACUGUGGGGGACACUCAUGGGGCUGAACAUGCCUAUUCCCUUUUUCAAGGACUUGCCGGAACAGCUUGCCUCUGGUUUGAUCUGCACGUGCCCGAAAACGCCAGGUUCCCAGGUUAUGAACUGUAGGCAAUUGAGGAAGCUUUAUAUGCGAAUUAAAUCUUCUUAUCAUGAGAUUAAGUGGAAAAAUGUUAGUAUAUGAUCGUAUCCUAACAUGUAUAUAUAUUUUAGUGUGUACUUAAGUGAGCGGUUGUAAUCUUAAAUUCCAUAAUAUAUAAAGUGGAAAAAUGAGAUUGUUGGUCCCAAACACACAAGGUUUGAUUUUCCCUUGUGUCUUGAAGUCAACCAGCAGAAAUGUAUUGGUUAUGAAUGGGUUUGUUUGUAUGAUGAAAUUAGAAUACUUUGGUAGCUGGAUAGGGUUAAAUAAAGCCCAAAUUAUUGAAAA